UCUCUCUCUCUCUCACUCACUCACUCACUCACUCACUCACUCACUCUCUGUUUUGUUGGGGUACACCACUCCUGCUCCUGUGGGCCAAUCAUUCCUUAGACAUCUCUCACUCACAGCACACUCCUUUUGUGCUCUCUCUCUCUCUCCCCUCCUUUGCUACUCCCCUGUUUCCUGCUGUGUUUCUUCAUCCACUCUUCAGAGCCAUCUCACUCUCACGAACAACUAAGACCUACAAACCAGCUCUUUAAGGAAAUGGCAUCCAAGAAGCCAAUGGGCUACAAGUGUUGCAUAGCAGUAGUGUUACUUCUGCUGUUGGCCAGUAUUGCUGCCCUUGUCGCUGUUGCCAUCAUCCAAGACACCUGGGCGACUAAAGAGUACACUUUAGAGUAUGGCAUAGUGAUAGACUCAGGUUCGUCUCGUUCCAACGUGUACCUGUAUGAGUGGCCUGGGGAGAAACAGAAUGAAACUGGAAUAGUGACAGAGAAACUGAACUGUAGAGUUGCUGGUGAUGGUAUCUCAGAGAUGAAAGUUGACCCUGAGAAAGAUGCUGAAUCAUGGAAAUCAUUCCAAGCCUGCAUGGACAAAAUCAUCAAUGCCAUUCCCACUUAUAAACACAAAACCACACCACUCUUUCUAGGAGCUACAGCUGGAAUGAGACUGCUACAUGAGAAGGAUCAACAGAGGUCCAAUGAAAUCCUGGCAAGUCUCAGAGAUUACCUGAGUUCUUUGCCCUUCUCCUUUCAAAAUGCCUCCAUCAUUUCUGGUCAAGAGGAGGGGCUCUAUGGGUGGAUCACUGUCAAUUACCUCAUGGGAAACUUCCUAGAGAAAAACCUAUGGAACAUCUAUGUGCGCCCAGCAGGGGGAAAGACAGUAGGAUCCAUGGACCUUGGUGGAGCAUCAACCCAGAUCGCCUUCGCAAUCCAGGAUGAUCUCAAAGGCCCUGACUAUAUGAAUGUCAAACUGUAUGGUUACCCUUACAGAGUGUACACACACAGUUUCCUCUGCUAUGGCAAAAAUGAGGCUGAGAAGAUGGUUCUGGACAAAGUAGUACAGGAAUCAUCUGACCCAACCUAUAUUAUGAACCCCUGCUAUGCUGAGGGUUUUAACAUCACUGUGAAAGCCUCAUCCAUCUAUGACACGGAGUGCACCAAGAAGCCAAAGAACUACAACCCGGAUCAAGAGCUCUUCAUGGUGGGAGCCCCUGACUCAGACAAGUGCGGGAGCAUAGUGAACUCCAUAUUUGAUUUCAAGACUUGUUCCUCAUUCCAGUGUUCCUUCAAUGGGGUCGAGCAGCCACCAGUCACUGGAGAGUUUAUGGCAUAUGCUGGAUUCUUCUUCACUGCUAGGGCUCUGCUGGGGAAUUCCACAGCGGAUCUUGAUCAGUUCAACUCCACAGUUAGGAAAUUCUGCCACACACAUUGGACAGUGCUGAAGCAAGAAAAGACAUGGAUCUCUGACAAAUACCUCAAGACUUACUGUUAUGCAGCUCACUAUGUCUUCACUCUGCUGGCAGAUGGAUACAAGUUUGACAAAGAGACGUGGGGAAACAUUCACUUUGAAAAAGAGGUAAAGAAAACCAGCAUAGGUUGGAGUUUGGGCUACAUGCUGAGUAUGUCCAACAUGAUCCCAUCUGAGGUGAAAAAAAUCCCUCCGAUGACAGACUCUGUCUUUGCUGGCCUUAUCUUUCUAUUUUCAGCACUAACCAUUGUAACUGUUGUCUUAGUUUUCAUCUUCCUCAUUCGCACCUGCUACUGAGAGUGUAAGUUACAGAGGGAAUGACCUGCCAUUGAAAGCCUCUGGGGCAGCUAUAAUCCUGUAAGUAACUGGAGAGUGCUACAGUAGGUGCAAAGGUGCUCACAAAGAAAAAUGUUGUUUUUUUCUCCCGCCUGAGCCAUUUACUGCCUUCUUUUUCAAUUGUGGGUUUUUGUAAACCAAAGAACCUUGACAUAAAAACCUCUCACUGUGUAUCAAUUUAGGGUGUUUGAGGCCUUGAACUAGGUUAAGAUGUGAGAGUAGUUUCACUGAGGCAGUAAAAAAGACCUCUAAAAACCACCAUUAAAACCACAGUUCAUUUUGUACCUCAGGGAAACUCACAUACAUUUCAGUGAAGGGAUCUUUUUUAUAUUUAGUUGACUGUGGUCCACUAAAGGGAAAUAUAUUUGUUUUACAGGUAAAAAGGUUACGCAGCAGUUGCACACAAAUAAUGAAAGAGCACCCAGUCAUGUCAAAGUAUUUAUAUAUACACAGAACCCUCAGGCAAAAGCAUGACGUAUUCACUCAGCUACUAACUAUGUUUUUUCCCCCUAUUUUGUACAUGUGAUUGCACUAAAUGCAUUUGCUUUACAUACAAAAUGAUCAUACUUUGCUGCAGCUUUGUUGUGGUGUUUUAUACUGUGUAUCUGAAACUAUAACUACACAACAAUACUCCACAUUUACUUGAUGGAAACUUGCCUUAUAAUAAUGUAAUGAUGUGCUAUUUGGAAUUGUUUUCAUAUGAUUUUGUAAACUAAAUACAUGUUACAUGAAGCCAUGAAGUUUUAUGUAGUCUAUUUGCAAAUAAUAAAUAGAUUUAAAUACAAUAUAAAAUUUAAUAUCUGACUUUGGGAACAUACAUAAUUGGCUAAAUUAGUAAAAAUAAAAAGUUAAGCCAGUGGAGUAGUUAAAAAGUACACCAGAAAACUGAUAACAGUGUUAGGAGUAAGUGCUGUACAAACUUACAAUUCACAUAUAUCUUAUUUCAGUGUAAUCUAUACAGAGUCCUUACAUAAUAUGAAAUAUGUCUGUUUGUGUUAAUAUGUAGUCUUACAUGAGAGGUUUAAUCAGCAGAAACUAGUCCACAGAUGUAAAGUUUGAUGACAACAUGUCAAUUGGAUUUUCUUUCUUCCUUCCCUUCUUUCUUUUUUUUGGCACUGACUCCAUUUCACAGUUUUUGAGAUAAGCCAAAAUCAGUCAGCCACAUAAACACAGAGACUCUGGAUCCCUGUGUUUAGAUGAUAAAGGCAUAGCUGAGAAGCUAAGCUAGCUAUGAAUCUGACUGGAUUGAGCUGUAAGUACUUUCAAAACACAUAAUUGGUAGGUGAUUGCCAAGUACCGAAAAAAUAAGUGAGGGCAUGUGUGUCUUUUACUUCUGUGUAUAUUGCACUCUAUCAGGGAAUUGUUUUCAGUGAUGUUGUUGUCUUUGCACUGGAGAAGAUGAGAGGGUAUUCCUGAUUCUCAUACAAUGCACUGACUGUACUGGCUCUGUUUUGAUAAUUCUCUCUCUAUACAGUAUAUAAUAAAUGCAUCUAACAACUGUA